UAGCCCACAUCAAAUCACACACUCUCUGGUACACAUCGGCUAAAUUCAUUAAGAGCUAGCUUGAGAAGAGAGACAAUGGCCGCAGCUUCCCUUAAGCUUUCUGUUGCGCUGGCAUGCGUACUGCUGCUGUCGUCGGCGGCGUGCCAUGGCCUGGAGGUGGGUUACUACAAGAAGACAUGCCCCCGCGUGGAGGCCAUCGUGAGGGACGAGGUGAAGAAGUUCGUCUACAAGAACGCCGGCAUGGGCGCCGGCCUCAUCCGCAUGUUCUUCCACGACUGCUUCGUCCAGGGAUGUGAUGGCUCCGUCCUCCUCGACCCGACGCCGACCAACCCGCAGCCAGAGAAGCUGAGCCCUCCCAACUUCCCCAGCCUGCGCGGCUUCGAGGUGAUCGACGCGGCCAAGGACGCCGUCGAGAAGGCGUGCCCUGGAGUGGUCUCGUGCGCCGACAUCGUCGCCUUCGCCGGCCGCGACGCAGCCUACUUCCUUAGCAAGAUGAAGGUCAAGAUCAACAUGCCGGCUGGCCGCCUCGACGGCCGCGUUUCCAAUUCCACGGAGGCCCUCGACAACCUGCCGCCACCAUUCUUCAACCUCGACCAGCUCGUCGCCAGCUUCGCCGCUAAGGGCCUCAGCGCCGAGGACAUGGUUGUGCUCUCCGGCGCCCACACCAUCGGGGUCUCCCACUGCUCGUCCUUCGUCUCCGACCGCAUCGCCGUCACCUCCGACAUCGACGGUGGCUUCGCCAACUUCCUGAGGAGGAGGUGCCCCGCCAACCCGAGCACGGCCAACGACCCCACGGUGAACCAAGACGUGGUGACCCCCAACGCUCUCGAUAACCAGUACUACAAGAACGUCCUCGCGCACAAGGUGCUGUUCACAUCGGACGCCGCCCUUCUUACGACGCCGGCGACGACGCAGAUGGUGCGCGACAGUGCCAACAUCCCCGGGCAGUGGGAGGCCAAGUUUAACAAGGCCAUGAUCAAGAUGGGAGCGAUCGAUGUGAAGACCGGCAAGCAAGGCGAAAUCAGGAGGAAGUGCAGGGUCGUCAACCACUGAUCGAUCCAUGAAUCAUCACGGUGUUGCGUUAUUUAAUUCGUUUGUGCGCUUUAGUUUUGCACAGCCUGAGGUCAUCUAUUUGUGAUUUUCGUUCGACUUUCAUGCAUGUACUGUAAUUGGUUGUUUUGACUGUUCAAAUUCUUUGGCUGCUUAUAUA